UCAUCUCAGACCUCCUGACCCUCAUCUCGGACCUCUAGUCCUGACCCUCGUCUCUGACCUCCUGACCCUCAUCUCGGACCUCCUGACCCUCAUCUGACCUCCCAAUCCUCAUCUCUUAGUCUCUGGGUGCAGCUCUAGAUGACCUCAAGUUCUGUGUUUUCAGGUCCUCAUUGAACCUCCUCUCUCUUCGCUGCAGGGAUCAGCUGCAGAGUGACUUCCUGUUCCCCACAGUCGUCCAGCGGACGUGUACAUCUGUCUCGUACAAACCCAGAUAUCAGCAGAGCUUGUCCUAAUUGGCUAACAGCGCAGAGUGAGCCUAACCUGUAAGCCUCUUACAGUAAUGCACCUGCUGCUGAGCCGACACACCGGCAUGACACAGCACAGCACGGUGGAAACACAGCGACAAACAGCUCCAUUACAUGACCUCUUCAGCCGGCGUGCAGCUCUGAGGAGAUGACUCUGUGAUUCUUCACCCUCCUCCGAUCUUUGAGAGAUGCUCAGCGGGGAUCUGGUGGCUGUGUGGGAGGUGGCGCUCAGCGAGGACGUGUAUAUGAUCGAGUUCGCUCAUGGCACCACCACGGGAAAACGAAUCGUCCACAUUAACGGGAAGGAAGUCGUCAGGAAGGACUGGAUGUUUAAGCUGGUCGGACAGGAAACCUUCACCGUGGGAAGCUCCAACACCAAAGCCACCAUCUUCAUCGAGGCCAUCAGCGGCUUCACCUACGAGUACACGCUGGAGAUCGACGGCAAGAGUCUGCAGAAGUUCACCGACGACAGAUCCAAGGUCAGCAAGACCUGGGAGCUCAAGGUGGACGGAGAGGACUGCCGAGUCGUCCUGGAAAAGGACACCAUGGAUGUUUGGUGCAACGGGCAGAAAAUGGACACAAAGGGAGAGUUUGUGGACGACGGCACAGAGACGCACUUCAUGCUGGGGGAACACGAGUGCUGCAUCAAGGCGGCGAGCAGUGGGAAGAAGAGGAGCGGCAUUGUGCACUAUUUACUGCUGGACGGGGAGAAAGUUCCAGCUGCGACACAAUGAAGCUGCAGCAGCGGAGACUGAACUUUCAAAGACACUCUGACUAUCAGCUCCUGAGGAACAACAGAAGGAGGACAUGUGGGGAUUUUUCUGCGUAGGGAUUUCUUUGCGCAGCCUCUACGCAACAACUGGCUUCGUGAAUGUAGCUGAGUCAAGCACCAGCGGUUUACCCCGAGAAACACCGGAACAAGGUGUACAAAAUAAAAGCAUCGAUUCACGUUUGAAUUUUAUCAGGAUGUUUUUAUUUAUUUUUUUAUUUGUACAUUUUAUUGCAUUCAAACAAACAAUAAAGUUAAGAAAAACA